CGCUUCUCUUGCCACCAAGCAGAAUGAGGUUCCCCCUCCUCCUCCCUUUCGCCGCUCUCGAGCUCCCGGUCCCCACCGCCCCCCUCGAGUGGAAGCAAGCGAACUUCCUCAGCAUCUCAGACAGCCACGGCUGGCUCCUCGGACACCAACAUUCAACAUGGCCUGAACCGAAUUACUCGGGAAAUUAUGGGUCGUUCGCAUCAUUCGUGAUCCACAUGCGCAAAAUAGCAGAUGAGAAGGGCGUUGACUUACUCCUGAUCGACGCAGGGGAUCAUCAUGACGGCUCAGGCCUGGUCUCAUCCUCACCGGACUCGGCAUCCUUGGCGGAGGACAUAUUCUCGAUGAUUUCAUACGAUGUCAUUACCAUCGGAAAUCAUGAGCUAUACCAUUAUGCGGACGCCCUCGAUAUCUAUGAGAACCACGAGCGAUGGGGUGGAAGGUACGUUACUUCCAAUGUAAAUAUUACGGUCAAGCGGGAAGGGGAAUGGCAAUCUGUCCCUAUUGGACAGACGCACCUAAAAUUCACGACGAAACAGGGCUAUAAUGUCACUGCCUUUGGUGUAAUAUUUGAUUUCAAGGCGCAUGACAAGGGUAUAACGGUCCAGAAACCUAGUAAGCUUGUGCAUGAACCUUGGUUCCAGGAAGCCAUUCGCGAUGCUCCGGACUAUUUUAUCCUCGCUGGUCAUAUGCCGGUACGAGGAGAAACCGCGGAGUUUGCACCUGUGUUUGAUGCUAUCCGCGAUAUCCAUCCACAAGUCCCUAUUUUCUUAUUUGGAGGGCAUACACAUGUUCGGGAUUGUGUCCAAUAUGACGAACGCUCUAUCGGAGUUGUCCCGGGGAAGUAUCUUGAAACAGUGGCUUUCACAUCGUCAUCAUUACCUUCUUCUUCGGGCGAUGAUAGGCCUCUAGACGUGGCUAGGAGGUAUUUGGACGCUAAUCCGACAUCCUAUCAAUGGCAUACAAAUCAAACAUCUUAUACUUUUGAUACGGAACAAGGGCUGCAUAUCUCUCUCACGCUUCAGCAUCUAGCCUCCUCUUUGAACAUCACUGAUCCUCUUGGUGUUUCUCCUCACGACUAUUAUCUCGCUCGUCAUCCUUGGGGUCAUCCACGCUCUGUACUGACCCUUUUCUCAGACAAAGUUUUACCCAAAACAGUUGUCGACCAUGAACGAGGGAAAGGGGAGCAAGGCAAGGAGAGGAUCAUCAUCGGCAAUGCCGGGAGUUUGAGGUUUGAUUUGUUCCAGGGGGUUUUCGAUAGAAACGACGAACUUACUGUUUCCCCUUUCACGUCUUCAUUUUUAUAUACUCGUCUACCGGCUUCACUAGCUCGAAACAUCACGGAUCAGAUGAACCGCGCUGGUGCAUCAAAAUUGAUGUCAAAGUCACCUGUGACACCUUACGAGGAGGAGCAGCGUGUGAAAAGGAUUCACGACAGGUGGUUGUAUGAACAGUGGCAAGCUUAUGAGCUCGAAAACGCAUACGAAGGCGACACUCAAAAGGUGAUGGUCGACAAAGGGAAAGACAAGCCUAGAACUUUGGGACAUGUCACCAAGGACAAAUGUCCUGGUACUGGCGAUGAUAUCGCGCACAUCCCUGUUCCAUUUUAUAGUGACCAGCCGGAUUUUAUAUCUUCCCCCUUCCCUUCAGUUGCGGAAGACGAAGAAAUUGAUGUUGUUUGCAUGGACUUUGCAUUGGAUGAUUUCCUCACUGCCGUCAACACCCUUGACCCAACACUUAAUUUAAAUGAGAGUGAGAUGAAGCCGUAUGCUAAAGGGCUACGUAUCAAUUCUGUCUUCGGGAAAUACGCCCAGAGAUACUGGGGAGCUGGAACUCAAGAGUGAAGUGGUUCGCUUUAUGUAGAAUCUGGAAUGAAGAGGGACGUGCUAUGCGUUCAAGAUCGCCUGUCCACAAUUCUACAAUUACCCGUAACAUAGCUGAUUACAUUUGUUGUCCCACGGACUGUCCUGCCUGACUCUUUUCCAUCAUCCUGGCAACCACGCUAUGCAACCCUUCCCAUCCCUCAAUC